AUGCUAGAUGAAGCAAAGCAAAAGAUGAAGUCACCAUUGAAAACCACUCCCAUGUCACAACCGGAUAAUUUGUCCAAGCACACAAAAACAAAAUUAGACGAGGAAAGAUUAAUCUCAAAAACAACACCAAAGUCUCCUUUGGAAACUCAAAGCAAGUUCCUUCAACAUAAGGAAAAGGAGAAAGUUGUGCAUGAAACCAAAAAGAUAGGAAAAUCCAAAGACGAAAGUACUAGCCAACCGAAUCGACAUGCCAAGCCUUCUUCUUCUGGCACAAAGGAUAAGAAGCAUCAUGGUGUAAGAGAAACAGUAGAGAGAAAGAUAAUGUUUGCCACAUCAAACUCUAGUGGAAAAGACAUAGGAGUUAUGAGCUCAAAAGAUCCAAGCUCAAGCAUAUCACACGAAAGAACUGCUCCGUCAAGCGAGGAAAGGGAAAAGCGAAAUGAAAAGGCUCCAAUACAAAAAGGUAUCAAAGAUGAUAUUACAAAGUUUGUUCAUAAAAUAUCAGCCUCAGUGCAUCCAACACAGCCCAUGGAUGACAAGAAAUUCAGUGUCAUAACACUGACUGGUGACAAUAGAGGAGCCACAAUGCAUGUUGGCUCUGAAUCCGAUAAAAAAGACGGAUCGAUCCACAUUCAUAGGGACUACAAGCCUGAAUCUGAAGAGAGCAUUGAGGUGAGCACAGAUGGAGAAGGAAACAGUAACAAUGAAGAAGAUUCAAUGGAGCUUGGUGAGGUUGGGAAGGCAUAUGUUAACAGCAACAUACAAAGCAUCAACAAUUCACUCAUGUUUCAUGGUUCAAUCAGUGAAAGAGACCCUGGAGUUCAAGUUACACUUCCACAAAAGCCCUUAGAACCCGUCAAUCACGACGACGAUAAAGACACUCACAAUCAGAGGACCGAGUUUAACAUGAGCUGGUCUCAGAAGCCGACUUUUCAGCCAGCUGUUCGCCGUUAUGGUUGCAAGUUCAGUCGCGGCGCUAAUAAUGAAGAUAUUGAUAUUAUGUGA